AUGGAUCCAGCUUCUUUGGCUUUCGGUAUCGUCUCCCUGGCGAUGCAGCUAGUGCAGACGACGGGUGCUAUCAAGAAUUUGAUCUCAUCCUACAAGUCAGCAACAAAGGAGCUCGAAAGCCUUGUUGACAAGCUUGGUGAUGUUGAAGUAAUUUGCCACUCACUGGAGGUUGUUCUCUCUAAAGACACUGAUCCGGACCCAAGGCCAUGGGAGACCAGCCUUCUCAAAAGGCUGCAUCGCACCAUCCGCGAAUGUUAUGAAAAGGUCUCAACAGUUUACACUGUUAUCAGGAAGAUUGAUACAAGAACUGAAAAAGGCCGGAACCCCUUCAGGCAUACCGGCUUCCUGUUUUUGCAACACCGAGACGAAAUUGUGACACGUACAAAUGGCUUGGACGCAAUACUUGCGUCUCUCCAGAUAUGCAUGACCGCGAACAUUUUAUGUAAAUCUGAGAUAAUGGAGCAAUGGGUAAUACGAUGCAUGAAUCUUGUAUCUCUCAAGAAAACUACACAGUCCAGGACUGUCACUACUCUGAACUGCGGCAUAGCUUCAACAACUCAAAAUGACUCAACAUACACCCUCGGAUCCUCAUUGUUCAACAUAUAUAUUACGUUGUCGGUACGACGAGGAUCCCUGGCUCCCCUUCGUGUUUCUCUACAGAUACCCCGUGUUAUCCCCAUAUACCAACAACGGACUGACCUCGGUAAAGAAGUCGGUACUGCUUUCGGAAACGAUGAUCUAAAGUCAGUCCAGCGGCUAUUCAACAAGGGACUACUCACAGGUGCAACCGUGGUGGCCUGGUAUGAUUAUGAACCAGAGAAUGAGGUGUCCUUAUUUGGCUUGGCGGCAAUAAUGAGAUCUCAAAAUAUUCUUACCUUUUUGAUAACUCACAUGUGUGAGUCUGAACGGCGAAAUCACCUUCCGGUUGAUGGAGUCAUUUUCACACCAGUCCGAACGCCCGAUGAACUUCGCAGUGCCAUUACUUAUAUCAACAUGCGGAAAAGGAACAUGACUCCGUCAGAGCUGAGUACAAUCUUGGUCGGCAUCAGUAAGUAUAGCCAUGUGGAAGCUUGCAUUAAAGCAUGCCAACGGCACUUUCCUGACGAUUGGGGGACUUUCGUCAACAGUGUGUUCAAUGAUAUAAUCUCUAUUUUCAGCAGAGUUUAUUUCCACGAAGAUGACAGACUGGUCGAUUGGGCGUCCCUGGUAGCCGAUGCCAUGGCACGAGGCUCAGAUGUCUACUCCAACUUCAAUGACAACAGCACCCUAAGCACUUUGAAUCGAAUUAUGCGCCACCAGGAAAGCUCCGAAGAAGCUUUGGAAAGUGUGCACCGCUGGGUCGAUAUGUUAGACCUAGCAGGAGUUGAUACCGAACGAUAUCUGCAGAUUGAAACACAACGUUGUCUUGAAACUUGGGGGCCCGAGAUUGCUAACACAUUCCUCAACACACAAGAUGGAGAUUCGAAUAUUCGACGCAUUCUGACAAUACAGUACUCGAGAGGUAGACGAAUUCCAUAUUGGACCCUAGAGAUUGACGACCAAUGCCCUAUACGAGAUCUCUUGACUGGGUUUUCGUGGACACUACGACCCAUCACCAGAACUUCGCUCUUAUCUACUCACGAGAUUAUAAACAAGUACAAAGCUUGGAAGAAUGGCCAAACUUUGGGGUUGUCCGACCCGUCGAUGAAAUCAUGGCCGAUUAUAAUGUCCCCUCAACGCGAUGCACCCUUUCGUAGUAUAGGAGGCGAAGACAGUAGAGAAGCAAUCGAAUGGAUGAAACAGACUUGCGAUUUGAUAGAAAGUCGCUUCAAUCGAAAGUCAACCAGGAAGACAUGGAAAGCUGGCAGACAAGAAAGGUCUCACAAGUUAUAUACAGUACCAGGAAGUUGGGUGCAUUAA